UUGAAAAACAGGGAAAGACAACAAAAACACCGAAACCCAACCGAACCCACCAACGAAACCAAAAGAAAAUAAAAAGAACGAUUUCGUCUGUUAAAAAAAUGAUGUAAAAACGAACCACCACCAACACAUCCCUUCCAUGUCUGUCUUCAUCCUCACUUCAUCUCCAACUAAAAAUGAAAGCCCCAUCUCAACAACUGAAUUCAUCUCGGACUCUUGUUUUUUUAAGCAUACAAUGAGAUGGUGGAGCUCAAAAGAACCACCAAGAUGAGGCUCUUGAACAAGCACGGAAAACACGAUAAGAGCUUCUGCUACAGAUAUUUCAGAUGGGUUCUCUGGGUUUCUUUGUCCCUUUAUUUCUUCAGCUCUUACCUCAUCAGUAGCUCCAGCAAGACCACCUCGCUUCCUAAAACCACCGUCUCUGUUUCAAAAGGCAGCUUUCUCUCUCGAGCCUUGUUUGAGAGCAAUACGACUGUUUCGCAACAACCCAGAACGAAUGGGAUACACCUAUCUCGAGGGUUAUUCAACGAUUUGAAGGUUUAUAUCUAUGAGCUCCCUUCAAGAUACAACACGGAUUGGCUAUCGAACGAGAGAUGCAGCAACCAUCUCUUUGCAGCGGAGGUCGCGAUACACAAAGCAUUGAUGGGCAGUGAUGUACGGACACUCAAACCAUGGGAAGCCGAUUUCUUUUUCGUUCCGGUUUACGUGUCUUGUAACUUCAGUACCGUUAAUGGAUUCCCGUCGAUCGGUCAUGCGCGGCCUCUUCUAUCUUCAGCGAUGCAGCUCAUCUCUUCUGAAAUGCCGUUCUGGAAUCGAAGCGGUGGGUCCGAUCACGUCUUUGUCGCUUCACACGAUUACGGAGCUUGUUUUCACGCCAUGGAGGACGUAGCAAUCGCAGACGCGAUUCCAGCGUUCUUGAAGCAAUCGAUUAUAUUGCAGACUUUUGGUGUUAGUUCCCGCCAUCCGUGUCAAGACGUCGAAAAUGUGUUGAUACCACCUUAUAUUUCGCCGGAAAGCGUGCGGUCGACACUGGAAACGGCGCCGGUGAACGGUGAGAGGGACAUCUGGGCAUUUUUCAGAGGCAAGAUGGAAGUUCAUCCCAAGAACAUCAGCGGGCGAUUUUACAGCAAGCGAGUACGGACGGUAAUUUGGGAGAAAUACAACCGGCACCGGAAGUUUUACUUAAGGCGGCAUAGGUUUCCCGGUUACCAGUCAGAGAUCGUACGGUCCGUGUUCUGCCUCUGUCCACUGGGCUGGGCCCCAUGGAGUCCGAGACUGGUCGAGUCGGUUGCUCUCGGCUGUGUCCCCGUCAUCAUCGCCGACGGCAUCCGUUUACCAUUCUCAGACGUCGUCCGGUGGCCGGAGAUAUCCCUCACCGUUGCAGAAAAAGACGCGGGGAACCUAGGAAAGAUCCUCGAGCACGUAGCGUCGACGAACUUGUCCAUCAUUCAGAGGAACCUGUGGGACCCAGUCAACAGACGGGCCCUGCUGUUCAAUCGUCAAAUCGAAGAAGGGGAUGCCACGUGGCAAGUGUUGCGUGAGUUAUCACUGAAGAUGGAGCGGUCGUAUAGGAGACGGUCAUCUCAAAUCCACUCGAUACCAGACAGUUGACUGAUUCAAAGAUGGUUUCGAGGUGGUGCCAGUUAAGUCGUGUGGCUUUUCCGCACGUGGAUGCUGAUGCAGGCAGAUAGUGGAAAGACAGCUAGCAUAUCUUUUGUUUUGGAUUGCUCUUCGCCAAGCGAGAGUAGCAAGAGGUUCAUGCGGCCCCGCAUCUCCCUGGCGGACGAUGAUGCCACGUGUAUUUCCAUCCAGAUGGUAAUGCUUGAUUUGCUGGAUUAAUCGGUAGUGCAGGAAGUACUAUGCGCUCAGCCCGACAGAGGAAUGUAUAUAAUAUAGCAAAUAAAAUUGUAUACAAAUUGAUUUUAAGUAAUUUUUCUGGAGGAA